AUGCCAAUGUAUUUAUUUUUUCUAUAUUAUUUGAACAUUCUGAUAGAAGUGCUUUUGGGUAUAUACAUCUCUGGAUUUGAUUCUCACUUUUUGUUCAAAUGCCCUGUCUACGUUAACACAGGAGGAAACUCAAGAUGGAAGAGGACAUUGGCAGUUGCAUGCGCCGAAGGGGGCGACUCGAUUUUAAACGACAAGGGGUUAUCCAUAGUCAAAGUGGAAGAGAUGUGCAAAAAGAAAGAUGCAAAUUUGUCAGAUAAUAUAUAUGGCUUAUCCCUGCAUGAUCUGAAAAAUCUAUUUGUGAAUCUAACAAACUUUGUCAUGUACACAGAUUACGAAGAACAAGUGAAAACUGAGAAAAAUAUGUUCAUAUCAACUCAGCGCAUGCUAAAAUUUAUGAAGGAGAAAAUAAAAAAAAAAACGGAAGAAUUGAUUAAUACAGCUAGGAAGUAUAUCGAUGAGCUGUUAGGGAGUUACGAUAUUUUGAACCCAAAGGAAUGGGAGUCUAUAUCUAAGUUGAAUUUAUUCUUAGACAUAAAUGGAGAGGAGGAUGUGUUGUUGAUAGAUGGGAGGGAUAUAUUUUUUCAUGUGAUGAAUGUGAAAUUCUCAAAGAAAAUUCCCUUAAAUACGGAUGAAGUGUUGGAAAAUAUUACAGAAUUGUUUAAACAUAACAAGAAUAUAUAUGAUCAAUAUGAAAAGAAAGUUUAUAAGAUUGAAAAGGAUAUAAGAACAUAUUCAGGAACUGGAGGGCAGAGGUUUCCAAUGAAUUAUACACACUGGAAUAAUAGCUACAUCAAUAUCACCCAGAAUGUGGCAGUGAGAGCUUUUGUGGAUGAUUUUUACAAUUAUUUUGAGCGGCUAGAAAGGAUGCUAAUGUAUAAUCCUAAGAGAUUUACACGGAUAGAUAUAUCGUUCCUGGAUGGGACACUAGAAGCUAUUAAUAAUAUCAUAAAUUCUACCAUUGAAUAUAAAACGGAGAAAUUAUUUGUUCUGUUAAAUAAUAUAUUUAAUGGAGAUUUGAGAUCCAUUUUAGGUUUUUUCACAUACCUAUUUGAUAAAGAGCGUAGAAGAAACGAAGUGCUUUUAAAAAAGAUUGAGAGAGAAAAGACGGGGGAUGAGUACGACAGUAAUUUUUUAUUCGACGUCGAAUCGUUAUAUUUGAAGGAGAAGGAAGACAUACAAAGUGCCUUGUCCAAAUUCAGCAAUUUUAUGAAAGUGAACUUUGGAUUCGAUAUCAAUAGCCCAAGUGUCCAAUUGCUCAAGAACAAAAUAGAAGCUGCGGAGGUGAAGGAGCAGGAGAAGCAAAUAAUGGACCAUUUUAAAAUGAUAGUGCACGAAUUAUUGUGUAGAAAACAAGUUAUGGAAUUUUCCAACCUCGUCAAUUCCUUGAAGGAAAAUUCCAAAAGAUUCAUCUCCUAUUUUAGGAGAGUGUUGGGAUGUGUGACAACCCAAAAUGACAAUUGCAUAUUCAUCAGAACCAGGAAUUUGAUUCCCCUGGUGUCGAAAUAUGCAGAAAUUAGAGAAAAAUAUAAUUCCAAUUUUAAACAAAAUGACACUAAAGAAAAUAUCCUAGACCUAAUGAAGGAUAUAAAAAACGCAUUCUACAGAUAUAGGAUUGCCAUUAAAAUAUUGUUCUUGUUAAUUGAGGAUCUGAAAGUGUCUAAAGAGCUUCAUUCUGAAUAUGAAAGGAUGAUCAGGGAAAAGAAAAAAGAGCAAGAGGAAAAUUACGGUAUCAGGGAGAAAGACAAGGAGAAUAUGGAGAAUAGUUACACAGAAGCCCUCAAGGAAUGGACCAACAAAUUGGAUGCCCAAAAAAAGGUUAUUGACCAGAACACAAACGCCAUCAUAUUCUACUUCUGCUUAAUUAAGGAGUUCAAACUUAGUUAG